GGCUCAGACAUGGCGGUGUUUUGUCUUCUAUGCGGGAAGCGUUUCCAGACCCAGAAGGCUUUGCAGCAGCACAUGGAGAUUCACGCCGGCAUGCGCAGCUACAUCUGCAGCGAGUGUGAACGCACUUUCCCGAGCCACACGGCACUCAAACGCCAUCUCCGCUCGCACACAGGUGAUCACCCGUUUGAGUGUGAGUUCUGCGGGAGCUGUUUUCGUGACGAGAGCACACUGAAGGGUCACAAGCGCAUCCACACCGGAGAAAAGCCUUAUGAAUGUAACGGCUGCGGCAAGAAGUUCAGCCUCAAGCACCAGCUGGAGACUCACUACCGCGUCCACACAGGUGAGAAGCCGUUUGAGUGCAAGCUGUGCCACCAGCGCUCGCGGGACUACUCUGCCAUGAUCAAACACCUGCGCACCCACAACGGCGCAUCGCCCUACCAGUGCACCAUCUGCCAGGAAUACUGCCCCAGCCUCUCGUCCAUGCAGAAGCACAUGAAGGCCCACAAGCCUGAGGACGUGCCUCCAGACUGGAGGAUAGAGAAGACCUACCUGUACCUCUGCUACGUGUGAAACAGACCCGCGAAAAGGAAAGCGCCCAAAGACUUCUCACCCAAAGGUUAGCUUUUGGUCCAGGCCAAAGACGGUGAGGGCGCGAGGUCAGACUGAAGAAAUGUCAUGUGGAAUUGUUGACCUUUUGUUUGUGACAUGCAUUCGUGCACAUUUUUGUAGGAUGUAACUGCACUCACAAAUGUUUAUGAAAUGUAAAUGUGAUAAAGCGAUGUGAAUUUACGGAAAGUGUUAGUACAGUCCACCACUAUGACAAGAAUCUGCAUUCCACCCAUCUUCGCAUUUGUUUUAUUCAGAUAAGGAUUCCGUCGAUUUUUCUCCAUGGAUGAAAAUCAUAAGCCAUAGAUUUAUUUAAGAUCCCAUGAAAUCGAUGUGUUUAGAGGAGGAGGCUUAUUGUAGGGAUCAUCCAAUAGGCUUUAGUUACUGUAGAAAUGCAUUGCAUCAUCAUGUGUGACUCUGGACCACGAAACCUGACUAAACUGAGAUCAUCUGAAAGCUAUAAAUAAAUAAGCUUUUCGUUGAUGUAUGUUUUGUUAAGACAGAACAAUAUUUAGCUGAUGCACAACUGUUUGAAAAUCUGAAUCUGAGGGUUCAAAAAAGAUAAAUAUAGAAAAACAUCGCCUUAAAAGCCCUUAGAAAGACAUAAUACUCACCAAAAAUGAAGUUUUGAUUUAUUCUCAGUAGGAAUUGUACAAAAUAUCUUCAUGUAAUAUGAUCUUUACUUAAUAUUUUAAUGACUUUUAGCAUUCAGUCAUUUUGACCCAUACACUGUGUUUUUGGUUAUUGCCAAAACUAUACCUGUCCAAGAUAAGGCUGGUUUUGUGGUCUAGGGUCCUAUAUUUGUUUUAUUCAAAUAAGGAUUCCUGCACUUUUUUUCAUGGAUGUACAUUAUAAGCCAUUGACUUUUUAAAACCCCAUGAAAUCACUCAUUUAGAGGCGGGGCUUAUUGUAGAGAUCAUCCAAUAGGCUUUAGUUACUGUAAAAAAAAACAUUGCAUCAAAUAAGGAUUCCUGCACUUUUUCUCCAUGGAUGAAAAUGAUUAAGGCGUAGAUUUUUCAAAACUCCAUGAAAUCACUCGUGUUAUUGUAGAGAUCAUCCAAUAGGCUUUAGUCGCAUCAUAAAUAUGAUGUUAAACGUGAAAAGUCAGCGUUUAAGGGCAUCAAAGCUAACAGAAGUAGGCUCAAAGCCUUACAUUUAGAUUUCAUGGGAAAUUAACAGGCUGUUUUGAGUCUAAUAAAACAUGGACCAAAGCUUAAAACUCAAACACGAUGAAGCUAAACACAUUAGAGAAUGAAAUUAUGCCCUCAGUUGCUCACUUAAGUUCAUUAUUAGGCUCUCUAGUCCUCAAAUUUCAUGAUUUUUUUUUAAACAUGAGGAAAUGCACAGAGCAGGACCCAUUAGUCAUUUUCUUUAAAGCGUAAUAAAGUGCUUAACAAAACAGCUUUUCUCAGAGGUACAUCCAAAUUGUGCUGCCAAGCAACUGUAGUGGAUGUUCAGGGACAUUUAUUCAACCUUAAAUGACUACACUGUGCACUUUCAGAGUUUCAGAGGCCCUUUUUGUGCUUUUCAGCACCACGUUCAGCAUUUAGUUCAUUCAGACAAAGCCAGAGAGGUGAAUCUGUGUGAUUUGCGAUUUCUUUCAGGCGCUUUAACACCAAAUAAUACAGUAUGUGAUUUCAUUUUACAUUCACAUGGUAACAUUUAGCAACUGCAGGUAUUUUAGUCUAAUGAGUUUACAUCACACUCAUAAAUCAAGUUAGGAAUUAAAAAGAGAUUAUUUUUUACAAUUUAAAAAUGCAGUAAAUGUUUCUGCAGUCUUCUGCUGAGGAUACUUUGAGUUAGCUUACUAUAGUUUAUAUUCUGUCAUCUCUGUUCAGACGUUUUACUUGAAUUGCCUACUUUUUUACCUCACAUGCUAGAUUUAUUUUUGUACUUUUCUUUUUCUCUCAUUUCCUGCUGAGCUGUUUUUAAAAGCUGUUCAGUGCAACUGAAUUAAUCAUGUCAUCAGACCCACACGGAAUCCUGCAGAUUUAAGUAUGGAACAGACAUUUGUAAUAUGAUAAAUCAACACCUUAUGUGUUUGGAUUAAUUGGUAAAUGAUUACUUAUGAAAAAGAUUGUGGUACUUUUCAUUUAAAGCAUUUAAAAAUGUUCAAAUGUUUAUGUCUAUUCUGCAAUACUAAAAGUAUUCUCUAGAAAUAGAGUAAAGGUGUGGUCACUAUUGUUUAGUGAAUUUCCAUAGGCAAAAUUCCAAUAUGCUCUCAUUCUACAGUAGUUUGUAACUCUUUUACAUUUUGAUGAACUGGUGGCAGAUUCUUACAAUUUUUGCCGUCUCAUUUUCAAGUUUUCAUGCAGUCCUACACCCUUCUAACAGAUAAAUUACAGGGUGGACCUGCACAGCAGCAUUUUUUAAGUAUGAGAUUCUUAGGUUCUUGGAAUUCAGAUUCUUUCAAAACAGUUACUUAUUUUGAGAUUGUGUUGGAGAUCCAGUCAAGUCAAUCGAAAUCAGAUGUUUUGAAAAUUCAGCCAAUGUGCAAAUCUGUGAAAAUCAAAAAGGCAACUACAUUCAACACACUGACUAAAUAAGCCAAUUGUCUUAUUUGUACACGUUUUUUUGCAAAGUUUUCUCUUGAUCUGCUCAUACAUAUAUUUUUGUUUACGGUUAGGUUUCAGGGUGAUCCUUUGAAUUUUGAAGUUUUCAUAUAAUAGUACAAACUCUUUAAAUUAUGAAAUGGUUUUUUAUCUAGAGAUUGUGUUGGAAAGCCAGUCAUUUCAGUGUGAAUCAACUAGAUUUGGAACAUAUAACCCAUGCAAAUUUGCCAUGUUGACAUGCUUUAUGGUUUGAAUGUGAAUUGUGCUUCAUUGCUACAGGAUUGACAAUUAAAUGGACAAUAGUUUGAAAUUUUUCCACAGACAAAAACCCAACACUCUCUAAUAUCAUUUUGAGACUCUUUAAUGAUUAGGUGGCUAAUUCAUACAAAUUUGUGCAGUCUCAUUAAUAAGUUUUUCAUAAGAACUGCUCGUGCUCAAUGACCAAUAAUAAGUGUAGCCAAAAAGUCAAAGAACAAAACAAAGUGGAAAAAAUUCACUGUACAAACUCAAACCUCCUCAUAAAAUAGUUAUGUUUUCAUAAGAUUAUGCUGAAAAUCCAGUCAUUUCAGUGGGAAUCAACGGGAUUAGGGUUAGGGAAGAAUUCAACUGACUCAGUUUGUGCGCACAAAUAAAAAUUGGUCAUGCCGUGUACAGUACACUAAAAGAAAGCUGUAUGAAAGUGAAUUUUGUGUGCGCUGUGCCUUUGAAUUAUCUCUGAAAUUUGCUAAUGUGACCACAUCUUAAUUAUGGAUUCCAUCUGGGUCUGAAUAUUAUUCGGUAGCAUUUUAGCAUUAAGCUUAGUAGCAGCGUGCAUAUCCGCCUGUCGGCCACGUGUUUCAGGGCUACCUCUACUCUGCUCUCAGUUUUGCACUAAAGCAAAAGAACACUUUUUGUUUAGCUUGUAGCAUUUGCAUUUACACCCACUCAUGUUUCCAUUGGCUAAAAACAAUCCCGGGUUUGUUCGUCAUUAUAUUUACACUCCUUACAAUGAAACGCGUUCAACCUGAAAGGGUAGGCGCAUACAUUCUAGAUGAUUUUUUUUUAGCAUAGCAUUGAGGAAAAUAUCGAGUUAUUAGAUACUUGAGGGGAUAAACUUGAAACAAUGUGAAUAAAGAUGAUCUUUUAUGUGAAACGGUCGAGUUAUUAGAGAUGCUGUGCAGUUACAUGGGGAAGUUCGCUAAAGAAAUGGAAAAAAAAAACACAAAUAGGUGAUUUUCUGUGAAAAUAAAUCUCUCGACAAGAGCCAAAUGCGGCACUUUGAUAAGGGAAUAUGUCGUAUUUUUGUACGGGGUAUCGUGCGACCCCUGUUCUUUUUGUUCAUUUCGAGUGAGGCGAAUAUUUUUACAGUAUCUUUUGCAUUCGUGCUUGUUCUUGAUUUGAGUGGAAAACUGUUUCUCGUGCUUAUUUUACAAUGUUGAACAUAUACGAGUAGUCGAUGUUUGUAAAAACAUAUUGUAGUCAUUGCUGCUGGGUGUCAGUUCAUACGGUGAUAUGAUGAUGAUUCCACAUUUUGAAAGUAUAAAAUGACUGCGUGAACCAAUGCCAAGAGGUCUGUACGACAGAGGACGGAGCACCUGUAAGACGUGAAAAGUAAAGCUGUAUCUGUGUGUUUGUGUCGUGUUCACCGCUCACUGUAAGAUUAGAGUCACCUUAUAAGGUCUGUACUGGUUCUCGUGUGUGCAGUGUGAGUCAAUGUGGUCGACUUAUUCAGUGUUAAAAACAUGCACCGGCUAGCAACAGAGAGGUGCUUUCACGGAUGUACACCCUGUAAAUGAUUCGAAACAUCUUCUGCCCUUUGUAUUUGUGUCUUUAUGCAAAGUCACCUUGAUAUGAACUGUGCUCUUUGGCAACCAGGGAUGCCUUCACUUUCCAGAACGUCGCAGACCUUGAGUUUAGGACAAACGGCCACAAUUGCCACGCAUCUACCAAGCUGUUUUCGUUUUUAACAAAUAGUUUAAAGAACGCAACCAAUAAAUCUACAGGUGAAAUCUGGGCAUCCCUGCUGCCGUAUCACUGUGUUUUACUUUGCUUUCAGACAGGAAUAGCCAUGUCACUCAGUGCUCCCGUUGUUUGUGCCAUUGUUACACAAAUUAAUACUCGGACUGAGGAUUCACGUGGGACCAAACGACCAUUUUCGCUCCAUUCGCCUUCUCCUAGAGACAAGGCCGUGUAGUUGGUGUCGAAAUGGUUUUACAUUCGUCGUGUUUUACUUUAUUGUAUUGUCUACCUCAGCACCAGUUCUUUGUGUAACUUUUAAAAAGGUGCCCAAUUAUUGUUACUUUUGGUUUUCUGUGCAUAUUUUUGUAUUAUAGCCUUGUAGGGUUUUCGUUCUUCUCUUUGUUUCAGCAUAGAGAUGCUGUUUUGAAGCACUGUGUGGUGAUUUUGAUGCUGCAGAUAGAGGUGUAGAUUCCUUUUCCCUUCUCUAUGUGGGUUCAGACACAUCUCUGUAUAUGUCAGUGUUCGAAAAUAAACUUGUAACAGAAA